UCAGCACCAAGUGUCAAAUUCCAGUUCCUGGAAAGAACCAAGCUUACCUGUAAAUGUUAGGGUCCUUUUACAUCAUUGACCAUGUAAGUGGGGUGUGUGGGACAGCCCUCAGUUUCUACCAAUGAAAAAAUGGGUGGUAUCAUCCAACACUUAUUUCUGCAACAGCUGUCUAUAAAAGCGACCACAGAACUAAACUCACAACUCAUUUCAGUGCAUAAUUUAAACAUAUUCCUGUAGAGAUAAAGUCUUUUGAGGCACUUCUUAAAGAGAAAAUGUCACGUGCCGGGAAAAUGAAUGGAGUCUCAAUGAACGGUUUUCACGGAGAUGAAAAGUUUAAAGGCCACGGACUGAAUGGCGACAGCGUCAAUGGAAUGAACGGAAACGGUGUUACUGUUCUGAACGGGAGCGCGCGCAGCCCCGUUAAACCGAGAGCGCGCGGACAGCGGUGGAAGGUGCGAGCGUCAGAGAUGGCGAAGAGCACCCUCAACCCUAUCCGCGCUAUAGUGGACGGAAUGAAGCUCACCCCGAACCCUGACAAACCCAUGAUCGCCCUGUCCAUCGGUGACCCUACAGUAUUCGGAAACUUGCCUACAGAUGAAAGUGUGCUACAGGCUGUGAAGGAAGCUGUAGCUUCACACAAAUACAACGGCUAUGCCCCCUCAGUAGGUUACCACAGGAGCCGAGAGGCUGUGGCGAACUUCUACAGCCAAGCAAGUGCUCCACUGGAAGCUAAUGAUGUGAUCCUGACUAGUGGGUGUAGCCAGGCUAUUGAGUUGGCCAUCAAUGUGCUGUGUAAUCCAGGAGACAACAUCCUGGUUCCUUGCCCUGGUUUUUCUCUCUACAAAACUCUGGCAGUGUCAAUGGGUAUCCAGGUCAAACUGUACAACCUACUGCCGGAGAAGUCCUGGGAGAUUGAUCUCCAACACUUGGAAAGUCUGAUUGAUGAGAAGACAACCUGUCUGAUCGUCAACAACCCAUCCAACCCCUGUGGCUCUGUAUUUAACAAAGAGCACUUGCAGAACAUCCUCUCAGUUGCCUCAAGACACUGUGUGCCUAUCCUAGCAGAUGAGAUCUAUGGAGACAUGGUCUUUCCCAACUGUAAGUUUCAUUCACUGGCUCCUCUCAGCAGUGAUGUACCAAUUCUGUCCUGUGGUGGUCUGGCUAAACGCUGGCUUGUUCCUGGAUGGAGAAUGGGCUGGAUUCUUAUCCAUGACCGCAAUAACAUCUUCGGACCAGAGAUUCGGGAAGGUCUUGUGAAGCUCAGUCAACGCAUUUUGGGAGCCUGUACAGUUAUCCAGGGGGCGCUAGAAAGCAUUUUUAAAAAUACCCCCUCUGAGUUCUACCAAAGUACAAUUAACUUCAUAAAGUCAAAUGCAGAUAUAUGCUUCUCAGAGCUGACCACUGUUCCUGGGCUCAAUCCAGUAAUGCCAUCUGGAGCCAUGUACCUUAUGGUUGGUGUUGAAAUGGAGCACUUUCCAGAGUUCCACGACGAUGUGGAGUUUACUGAGCGGCUGGUUACCGAACAGUCCGUGUUCUGCUUACCUGCCACGGCAUUUGAAUACCCAAACUUUUUCCGGAUUGUGGUGACAGUUCCUGAGGAAAUGAUGGUGGAAGCAUGCGAAAGGAUCAGGGAAUUCUGUGCACGCCACUACAGACCUCGCAGCCAAGACAGCAAUGAUCUGGACAAGUGAACCUGUACCAUGCUCGAUGAGCAAGUUACAAAAUACUCCAUGUACUAGUGAUGACUGGUCAUGAUAUAUGAUAUGGUUGUGAUAAGACUGAAAUCUUAUAUUUAUCCAAAGCUCAACAAUGAACAAUUAUUGCUGAGAAAUGGCAUUAUAACAUAAACGUAUAUUCGGAGUUCUCUUUUUUUUACUGCCAUUAUGCCCUACUUUGAAAACCAAAUAUAAUAGUCAACCUUAUGAUUUUGUCAUUUUACCUUUAAUUGAAUUUGUAUUUUUUUUUGGAGAGCAGUAGCUUAGUCUAGUUUCUGAAGUAAAUGGCAUAUCAUUGGUCCAAUGAUAGACCAAAUAAUCCACUGCAUUCUCAUUCAUUAUAGCUCAUUAGGCUGUAUUUCGCACUCACUGUUGAUGAUGUGUUACCUAUAAGUCAAGCUUGAAAAUAUUACCUCAAAUUCCCAAAAAUAGACACUAGACAGCACUUCAGUUUGAGUAAUCAUGUCAUCAUUGAUUUUUCAUGCUAUUCUGUACUAACUGAUGGUAUUGUUGAGCUUGUUUGCACAAAUAUCCAAAAUUGCCCACCUUAAACCAUUUGUUAAAAGAAAUCUGAUGUGGAUGCAACCAUUUUAUUAAUGUCUUUUUAUUACUGCAAGACAGAGACGAGCUUAGGCUAUGCGACCCCAUUACUAUUAUAUAUACUAUGCAUCUAUUCUGUGCGAUUUUAUAUGGAUAAGCAAACGUUCUUAUUUAAACCUUGUACUUAUCACUUGGAGACUGUAGUAAUUUCUUUUGUGUAUGUAUAUGAUCCUGGUUUGUUUUAGAGGCUAAAGAGAAGCCCAUGUCUCACCACUGCAUUACAAACUGACUGGAAGCUAUGAGUGCUGCUGUGGGAUCUUAACUUUCAUACAACAUGCUCUUUAUCCUGUAUACCAUGAAAUUCUCUGAACAGAUUGAUGAGAGAAAACGCAUGUCUUUGAACCCUCAAUGAUGUCAGAGAUUCUGAGGUAUCUUCUGAGAUCUCUGUAUAACAUAUUUGUAACCCCACCAUUGUAUAAACAUGGUUUUAUAGCGUUAAACAUGUUUUUUUUAUCUUCUUGUAUAUCCUUUAUAUGAUUUUUCAGUAUUAAAUAGUAACUGUUAUUUAAAUAAAAACUUAACAUAAA